AGGUAUUUACUAGUUAUUCAACCAUCAUUCACAGCACACUCAUAUUUAUUGUAUUAAUUAGGAAUUGUGUGGCAUGCCCUAAACAAUGAAGGAAGCAUAUUUUUUGUUCUGGAAGAAAUUUUCAAAGUGUUAAACGCACAGUGCAUUGUAUAACGUUUUCUACGUGAAGUGCGAAUAAUUGACCUAUGACUUGACGCCAAUAAUGUGGAAAUACCGGUAGAUUGUUAAGGACUGUUAGUCGGUUCCGCCUUUAUAGAAUCGCUGUCCACUUAUUGGUGUGCAUGUCCGACAUAUAUCUCGACGACAUCAGCCUUGCAGUACGCAACUAAUUCAUUACUACUUCCACACUGCCCAGGACAUGUAAACAAUCGGAUCGGACCAGCUGAUAAAUAUCUCUAUAAGUGUUAAUGCAAAAACAAACCAUAAGAAGUCAUGGCAGCCCUAAAUCAGAGCAGAGGAAAGUGUUCUUGUAGAGCUACAAAGGUAUUUUUAACAAAUAUUUUACUGUUAAGCUUACUGACCGUCGUAGCAGCUACGCCAAGUUUACCACAACCCAACAAAACCCAGACAAUAGAUGUCACAAACAACAAUCUCACAAGAGUCAGAAAUGUUUCCAUGGAAAGUGGAAAUUUUGGUUGGGAAGACUACAGCGUGUUGGCGGUGAUGUUGAUAGUUUCGUGCGGAAUCGGUGUAUUCUAUGGCUACUUUGGCGAAAAACCUACCACCGGUGACGACUUUUUGUUGGGAGGAUCAUCGAUGGGAACAUUUCCAAUGUCGCUGAGUCUCGCAGCUAGUUUCAUAACAGCAAUAGAGCUGUUGGGAAACCCUGCGGAGAUGUAUAUGGCGGGUGCGCAGUUCUGGAUGAUUUGUGUCGCCUUUGUGCUCGUCGUGCCCAUCGCCAGCCAGUUGUAUUUGCCCGUUUUUAUGCGCUUGCGACUCACUUCAUGCUACGAGUACUUGGAAGUGCGGUUCUGCAAGUCUAUUCGAGUGUACGCUAGUGUACUGUACAUGCUGCAGAUGAUCCUAUACACAGCUGUAGCCGUGUAUGCGCCAGCGCUCGCACUUUCCGAUGUUACGGGACUGAAUACGUAUUUGGCGGUGACGUUGGUUUACGUCGUGUGCAUAUUUUACGCUUCACAGGGUGGUAUGAAAGCCGUGAUAAUGACGGACUCGUUCCAAUCGGCCGUGCUGCUGGGCUCGCUGGGCGCGGUGCUGGCGCUGGGCGCGGCCGGCGUGGGCGGGCUCGACGUGGCGUGGGACUACGCCGCCCGCACCGAAAGACUGCACUUUUUCGACAUGAACCCAGACCCGACGGUGCGGCACUCGUUUUGGUCUGUCGUGGUCGGAGGGACCAUGUACUGGACGAGCAUGUUUUGCGCUAACCAAGCUUCGGUGCAAAAGUACCUGUCAGUCGAACGCAUCAGCCAAGUGCGAGUGGCGCUAUGGGUCUCCGCCUUCGGCUUGAUAGCGGUGUACUCCGUGAAUUUCGUCACCGGGGUCAUCCUCGCAUACCAUUAUUCCGAUUGUGAUCCCAUUCAGGCCGGAAUUACUAAAGGAUCCGAUCGUAUCCUGCCGUUGUACGUGAUGCAACAGCUUGGCAAGUACCGGGGCAUGCCAGGAUUCUUCGUUGCUGGAAUUUUCGCAGCCAGUCUUGGAACAGUGGCUUCGGCUUUGAACUCUUUAGCUGCUAUAGCAUGUCAGGAUUUAGUGACAGGGCUCCUUGGAAUAAAGCUACCGGAAGAUAAGGGAGCUAUGAUAGCACGAUGGGUGUGCAUCGCGUGUGGCGCGGUGUCGUUCGGGCUUGUAUUCGCGGUGGAGCGCCUAGGGCCUGUGCUGCAACUGGCACUGUCCUUCAACGGGAUGGCAGGCGGUGUUUCGCUCGGCCUCUUUACCCUUGGCAUGCUGUUCCCUUGGGCUAAUGCUAAGGGUGCGGUGGCAGGCGGCGUGUUUGGUUUACUGCUGGUGGUGGUGGCCGGCGGCGGCGCUCAGUUGGCCCAAGUGACUACUCCUGGCCUGCCAGCCUCCACCGAAGGCUGCAUUCUUCCAGAUAACUCGACAAUCCUCUUGACUCCUGGCAAUGCUCAGGACGAAGCUGUCUUCUGGCUGUUCCGUGUCUCAUACCUGUGGUACUCCGGGCUAGGCUGCGUCGCCACGGUGCUCGUCGGGCUCCUGGUGUCGGUCAUCACCGGCGUCACGCACCCGGCCCACGUACCAAUUGACCUAAUAUCGCCGCCCAUCGUAGCACUACUCAAUUCCUUACCAAAUAACAUGAAGAAAAGUCUGCGUGUGUCAACUCGGCUGGGGUCAGAAAGGCGUCGCAGUUCCAGCGUGCGGCCGCCCAGCAUGUCCGACGACAAAGACACGCGCAGGCGCCGCCGGCUCUCCGAGCUUGCUGGCGGAGUGUUCUACAGCGACGCGCCCACGCUCACGCGCGGCCUCGACAACCCCGCCCUCGGCCUAGACUCGGAGAAACCACCCCCAGACGAAUACCACUUCAAUAGCUUCAAACUAGAACCCACAUCCAACGGGCACACUUCCAACUUUUCUUAAUUAAUU